UCCAAUUCCGUUUUUGUAGAGAGAGAGAGAAAAAAGAAAGUCUUGAGAGAAAGAAGAAAGACUAUUAAAACGUCGUCUUCGUCAUUGUUAUCGUCUUCUGCAAUUCUUGGUCCGAUCUGCUCUUUUUUUUUCUCUCUCUAUCAAUCAAUCGAAGAAGAGAAGACUUGGUUUAAUCUUUCUUUGAGAACUGAAUUGGGUUUUGAUUUGUCACGAGUCGGUUCAUCUCGGAGGGGACGAACAUGUCUUCUCUUAGCAGAGAACUGGUAUUUCUGAUACUUCAGUUCCUUGAUGAAGAAAAAUUCAAGGAAACUGUUCACAAGUUGGAGCAGGAGUCUGGGUUUUUCUUCAAUAUGAAGUAUUUUGAGGAUGCCGUGACAAACGGGGAAUGGGAUGAGGUCGAGAGGUAUCUCUCUGGAUUCACGAAGGUGGAUGAUAACAGAUACUCGAUGAAGAUCUUUUUUGAGAUCCGGAAGCAAAAAUACCUUGAAGCCCUAGACAAGCAUGAUCGUUCUAAAGCUGUAGAGAUUCUUGUGAAGGACUUGAAAGUGUUCUCAGCUUUUAAUGAAGAGCUUUUCAAGGAAAUAACGCAGCUUCUCACAUUGGAGAAUUUCAGGGAGAACGAGCAGCUCUCUAAGUAUGGAGAUACUAAGUCUGCUAGGGGUAUAAUGCUUGCUGAACUCAAAAAAUUGAUUGAGGCAAAUCCACUUUUCCGUGAUAAGCUUCAGUUUCCCAGCCUGAAAAACUCAAGAUUAAGGACCUUAAUCAAUCAGAGUUUAAAUUGGCAACACCAACUUUGCAAGAAUCCUAGGCCUAACCCCGACAUAAAGACUCUCUUUGUGGAUCAUACUUGUGGACAACCAAAUGGCGCUCGAGUUCCAUCCCCUGCCCCAAUUAUGGGGUCCAUUCCUAAAGCAGGAGGUUUCCCACAACUGGGUGCUCAUGGUCCAUUUCCAACCGCACCAACACCUCAUCCAUCUUCUAUUGCAUGGAUGGCUAGUCCAUCUCCUGUACCCCAUCCCUCAGUGUCUGCUGGGGCAAUUGGCUUAACUGCUCCUAAUAGUGCUGCAGCAGCCAUCCUAAAGCGUCCUAGAACUCCUCCUACCAACAACUUGGCUGUGGAUUAUCAAACAGCCGAUUCUGAGCAUGCACUAAAGAGGCCGAGACCUUUGGGAAUGCAGGAUGAGGUUAAUAAUCUGCCUGUAAAUAUUUUGCCUGUUGCAUACGCUAGCCAGAGUCAUGCACAGAAUUUAUACUCUCCAGAUGACUUGCCUAAGAAUGUUGCUUUCACUCUAAGUCAAGGCUCUGCUGUGAGGAGCAUGGAUUUCCACCCAAUGCAACAGACAUUACUUCUUGUUGGAACGUCCAUUGGUGACAUCAUGGUGUGGGAGGUUGGCGGCAGGGAAAGGCUUGCCGUUAAGAAUUUUAAGCUUUGGGACAUUGGCGAAUGUUCUGUUGGUCUGCAGGCAGUUCUGUCUAAAGAAACCUCUCUGUCUGUCAACCGUGUCAUGUGGUCUCCUGAUGGCACACUUUUUGGUGUUGCAUACUCAAAGCACAUAGUGCAUGUGUAUUCCUACCAUGGUGGUGAUGAACUUCGGCAGCACCUGGAGAUUGAUGCUCACGUGGGUGGUGUUAAUGAUCUUUCUUUUUCACACCCAAACAAGCAAUUGUGCAUUAUAACUUGUGGAGAUGACAAGGCUAUCAAGGUAUGGGAUGCAGUCAAUGGUUCAAAGCUCUAUACUUUUGAAGGUCAUGAAGCACCUGUCUAUUCUGUGUGCCCACAUUAUAAGGAAAACAUUCAGUUUGUCUUCUCAACAGCUUUAGAUGGGAAGAUUAAGGCUUGGUUGUAUGAUAACUUGGGUUCGAGAGUUGACUAUGAUGCACCAGGACAUGCAUGUAUGAGGAUGGCCUACAGUGCUGAUGGGACAAGGCUAUUCUCAUGUGGGACAAGUAAAGAUUUGGAAUCAUACAUCGUGGAAUGGAACGAGAGCGAAGGGGCUGUGAAACGGACAUAUCAUGGUGUUGGGAAACGAUCUAUGGGGGGGAUUGUGCAGUUUGAUAUCACUAGGAAUCGGUUUUUGGCUGCUGGUGAUGAAUCUGUCAUCAAAUUUUGGGACAUGGACAAUGUCAACUUGUUGACCACCACCGAUGCAGGAGGCGGAUUACCUCAAUCUCCGCAUAUUCGAUUCAAUAAGGAAGGGACACUAUUGGCGGUUUCAACAAAUGAGAAUGGAAUUAAAAUUCUAGCAAAUACGGAUGGGAUUCGGUUGCUACAGGCCCUUGAAAAUCGUCCAUUUGAUGCUACCAGGGUUGCUUCUGGUUCAGUCGCAAAGGCACCUACAAUCAACACAUUUGGCCCCACCACAGCAACAACCGGCACAAAUGUUGGAGUUGCAGAUCGAGGUACGCCAACAAUGGCAAUGGUUGGGCUGAAUGGAGAGAGCCAAGGUUUGGCUGAUGUGAAACCACCCAGGGUUGGAGAGGAUUCUAUAGAGAAGCCUAAGAUUUGGAAGUUGACUGAAAUCACUGAACAAUCUCAGUGUCGCUCCAUGAAGCUCUCUGAUAGCUUGAUGGCAGCAAAGGUUUCUAGGUUGAUUUAUACUAAUUCGGGACUUGCCAUCCUGGCGUUAGCAUCAAAUGCCGUACACAAGCUUUGGAAAUGGUCAAAGAAUGAACGAAAUCCCUCGGGGAAGGCAACUGCUAGUGUACCGCCACAACUGUGGCAACCUUCAAGUGGAAUAUUAAUGACCAAUGAGAUAAAUAAUACUUCUGAAGAUGCUGUUCCAUGCUUUGCGCUCUCGAAGAAUGAUUCUUAUGUUAUGUCAGCAUCAGGAGGGAAAAUUUCACUUUUCAAUAUGAUGACAUUCAAGACAAUGACAACAUUCAUGCCCCCACCACCAGCAGCAACUUUUCUUGCUUUCCAUCCACAGGACAAUAAUGUCAUUGCCAUAGGAAUGGAGGAUUCAUCAAUUCAAAUCUACAAUGUUCGGGUUGAUGAGGUUAAAAGCAAGCUCAAAGGUCAUCAGAAGAGAAUAACUGGUCUUGCCUUCUCCCACGUUCUAAAUGUGCUUGUGUCAUCAGGAGCUGAUGCUCAGCUUUGUAUUUGGAGCACCGAUAAAUGGGAGAAGCAAGGUAGUAAAUUCUUGCAGAUUCCAACUGGGCGUGUGCCAUCUCCUCUUGCAGAGACGCGUGUCCAAUUUCACCAAGAUCAGAUACAACUACUCGUUGUCCAUGAAACGCAGAUAGCCAUAUAUGAUGUAUAUAAAUUUGAGUGCCUUAGGCAGUUCUCCCAAGAACUAGGUGGCGUUGUCACACAUGCUACAUAUUCCUGUGAUAGCCAGUCAAUAUAUGCCAGCUUUGAGGAUGGAAGUGUGGGGAUUUUUGCUUCCUCAACACUCAGAUUGAGGUGUCGGAUCAGUCCCUCUGCCUAUCUGUCUUCUAACCCCACCAGCUCGAGGGUAUAUCCACUUGUUGUUGCGGCUCAUCCUUCAGAAUCCAAUCAGUUUGCAUUAGGACUGACUGAUGGUGCAGUCCAUGUUCUGGAGCCACUAGAGGCAGAAGGAAAAUGGGGAACCAUGCCACCAGCAGAAAAUGGUGCAGGGCCUAGUAUUGCCUCUGGUUUAGUUGGUUCAGAUCGACAGUCAAGGUAACGAACUGUGAAGGCUAAUGAUAUUGACCAAUGACAGCUUGAAUUAUCUCACCAAUCUCUGUUUCCCCAUUUUGUUCUAUGGGGGAACCUGCAGGAUGUAGGUAUGGUAGCAUGUAGGAUACAUAUGACAGGAUAUGCUUAGUGUAGAAACUAUGGUCAAUUGAUGUAAAUGUUUUCAAGGUUAGGUCAGGGGAGGUUGAGGAGUUGGUGAGUUUGAAUCUGGAAAUUUGCCAUUCAAACUACCAAUCAAGGUUUGAGAUGAAACAAUGGAUUGCUCCUUCCAGAAUCCCUUUUUUUCUCAUGUAUUUGGAAAGAUAACUUGGUUAUUAUUAUUAUUUUUGUUAUUCAUUUUUUCUUAACAAUUCAAAAUUUGUCCUUACAUUCGUACCCUCAA